UCGAACGAGGAACCGUUUACAAUCCAUCAUCUGCUGAGGCUGUGCCAUCAGCAGCUUGGUUAGGCAGGGGUCUAUCCUGUGUCUGUGCUCAGAGAAGAGAUAGUGACGCAAAUUCCACCUUUGAUCUAACACCUGCUCAGGAGGAAUGCUUGCAAAGUUUGCAGAGCCGCAUUGACGUAGCCUACGAUAGUACUAUUCCCCUGCAUCAGGAAGCUCUGAGAGAGCUGUGGAAACUUGCCUUUCCUGAAGAAGAACUUCAUGGAUUAAUAUCUGAGCAAUGGAAAGAGAUGGGUUGGCAGGGCAAAGAUCCGUCAACAGAUUUUAGGGGUGGUGGUUUCAUAUCUCUUGAAAACUUGCUGUACUUCGCUAGGAACUUUCAGAAAUCCUUUCAGGACCUUCUGAGGAAGCAGGUUGGGGAUCGAUCUGUGUGGGAAUACCCCUUUGCUGUUGCUGGUAUCAACUUAACAUUCAUGCUCAUACAAAUGCUCGACCUUGAAGCAGUGAAGCCACGAACAAUUGUUGGGGCAACUUUUCUGAAGUUUCUUUCUGAGAACGAAUAUGCCUUUGACCUUCUUUAUUGCAUUGCAUUCAAGCUAAUGGACCAGCAAUGGCUUUCAAUGCGUGCCUCAUACAUGGAGUUCAAUACGGUGAUGAAAUCAACAAGGAGACAGCUGGAGAGAGAGCUGAUGCUGGAAGACAUUAUGCAUCUUGAGGAUUUACCCUCCUACGCUCUUCUCACUCAAUAGCCCUUAUAAUGAUAAUAAAUAGUAAGAAGAAGAGUCACUAACCACUUAAAUAACACAAGGUUGCUCUGUUCACUCUUUACUUUUCCUCGUCAAUGCUUUCGCUUCUUUGACCUUUUUUUGUGUUUGGUGGUGCUAAGAAACAACUCCAACACCGAGUAGUUACUUGUUAUAUUAAAACAAGAAAAAGAGAGAGGUUGCGAUAAAUGUCAAUUUGGUUGGGGGGUGUGUUUGGUUGCAAGGAGUGUGUAGCUAAAAUGGAUUUGUUUUCUAGCAACUGUUCAGGUUUCUUAGUAUUGAUUGAUGUACGCAAAGACGAUUGUGUGAGAAUUGGUUUUUCUCUAAAUUCAAAAGCAGUCUCCGUAAAGGACU